CAUUUUUUUGACAGCCGGUUGCGCGCAAAUUUAUCUUUCAAUUCAUGCUAUUCGUCUCUUUUUGGUGCAGCUGAUGUUGAAAUUGAGCGGCAUUUUUACCAGCAGCAAGGAAAACGCAUUGAUAUUUCACUAUACACGCAAAAGGAAAAGUGAAGUCGUCUGUUGCAGUUGUGUAUUUAAUUUUUAUACAAAUCUAUUUGGAUAGUGCAUAUAGAGAUCACCUAACAUCGUUUAAUACAAAACACUAAAAUAUUGGAGAAAUUAGAGUUUUAUCCCACACAAAUCACUUCAAGUUCUAAAGGCAAAUAGUAAUAUUGUUACAAAAUGUCUGCAGAGGAGCAAAUUCCUGUUGUAGCCACCGAUGGCGUCAAAGUCACAGAAGCAAGUGAAUCGUCGGUUGUAGCGGAUGCUGCCAUUACCACAGAUUUAAUUGUCGAGCAGGAGCGCGCCGAAAAAAUUCUCAACGCCAAGGAGUUGUACAGUCAUGGUUCGCGUAAUUUUCUUGUAAAGAGCUAUGUUGAGGCAGCAGAUGAGCUGAGUCAAGUUUGCGCCUUGUAUGAAGAAUUGUACGGCGAGCAGUCAGAUGAAUUGGGCAUGCCAUACUUGCUCUAUGCCAAAUCAUUGAUUGCCUUGGCUUUGGAUGAAAACAAAGUCAUCGAUGUGCCCGACGAAGAAGAACUCGAGGAUGAUGACGAAGAUGGCGUUGAGGGUGAUGACGAUGAAGCAGCAGCGGAAGGCAGUAAUGGUGCGGUGGCAGCAAGUUCAAAUGGCGCAGCAGCAAAAGUCAAGCUGGAUGACAUCAAAGAGAAUGAUGAUGUGGCAGACUCAACGGGCGGUGAGAUAGUGAAGCCUGCUGAAGCAAAAAAAUCGCCUGCUGUUGAAAAGCCUGUCGAAGAUGGGCAAGUAAGUAGCACUGAUGAUGCUAAUGGUGGUGCUGCUGAUGUGGAGGAGAAGGAAAAGCAGAAGGAGGAGAAAGCCUCAAAGGGGGCAGCCAAUGGCAAGUCGGCCACCCCAGUUGUUGCCGCACCUGUUCUGGAUGGCGAAAAGCCAAGCACUUCGAAUGGCGAUGCAGAUGCCGGCGAAGAGGACGAUGAGGAAGAGAAUGAAGCGGCUUCGAAUCUGCAAUUGGCCUGGGAAAUCCUUGAGUUGGCUGCCAAAAUAUUCAUACGCCAAGGUACAAGCGGUCUACCCAACCUUGCUGAGGUGCAAACAGAGUUAGCUAAUAUCGAAUUUGAGAACAACUUGCCCGAGGCGGCACGUGAGGAUUACGUGAAGGCACUAAAAAUUUACAGUGAAUUGCCUACAAAUUAUCGUCGCGCGAUGGCAGAAAUACACUACAAAAUUGGUCUUACAUAUCUGAUGCAGCAGCUGAAUAAAGAAGGUGCUGAAUCGCUAAAGGAUGCCUGCACUUUGAUUGAUGCCGAAAUAAAAGAGCUGGAAGCUAACGAGGAGGAGCUCAGCGAAAAGCAGAAGAACAACAUACAAGAUAUGGAGGAGACAAAACAAGAAAUUUGGGCUAAAAUCGCCGAAAUUGAAGACACACAAGCGCAGAACAUAGCUGAGGUGCGCGCUGCAUUGGACAGUUACAUUAAACCCAUCAACUCGGAGCAAAAGGAUGCCGCUGGACCCUCGUCGUCGUCAUCGACGUCGGCAGCGGGCGCAUCUUCCUCCAGUUCAGCAGCUAAGCCUACAGACAUUUCACAUUUGAUUAAGCGCAAGAAGCCCGAUGAGCAGAGUUCGGAGGCUGAAGCGGCGGCAUCACCAGCCAAACGGCCAGCUGUUUAAUUCCUUCGCGCCACUUGAACUUCUUUCGUAUUUUUGUUUGUAUCUUUUGAUUAGCGAGCGCAAGCUUUAGUGUAUGUAAAUUGCUGCUGCAUUCCGUUCAUAUUUAUUAAUUCAGUUACAUAUGCAAACAAAAGUGUAGGGAAACAAAAAACUAACAAAUAAUAA